GAAGUGACGGCAAGUGACGGAGACUGGAUGAAAAUGAGAAUACUAUUGGGAUUGGUCGGGCGGGGAAGGUUAUCAUUAUUUUGUUUGAGUGAUUCAUUAUCAAGUAAUUUUAUACUAUUUAAUGGUUUAUCAUCAACGUGACUAACUUAAAGAAGCAUCGCACUGUGGAAGUUCUAAAACGAUGCUUGUGAUUGGGACAGACUAUGUUUUAUGUGGUUUUGUGCAAAAAAUAGUGUAAUAUUGUGAAGUUGUGUGGUUAAAAUAACUAAAACAUAAUGCCGUUCGAUUUUCUGUGUUGUGUGAGACCUGGUGUCGAAGAUGUCGUGGAGUUGGACUACUCACACCAGUCACUGGUUGACUUUCCCACUGAAGUUUUUGUGUACGAAAGAACACUUGAAACUCUUUUUUGUCAGAGUAAUCGAGUUACAGAACUCCCGCGCCAACUGUUUAUGUGCCAUGGCUUAAAAUAUUUGGAUCUUAGUGAUAAUGAAGUUUCAAGUUUACCUGCAGCCAUAUCUUCCCUAGUAAAUCUUCAUCACUUGAAUAUUAGCAGAAAUACUUUGACAUCAAUACCAGAAAAUAUGAAAGCACUGAAGUAUCUUGCAUUCUUAGAUCUCAGUGUGAAUCCAUUGGAAAAAUUACCAGAUGCUAUAACAAAUCUAACUGCAUUACAGGAAUUAUAUCUGAAUGACACGUACCUGGAGUAUCUCCCAGGAAACUUUGGACGGUUAUCGAAUUUAAGAAUACUUGAACUAAGAGAUAAUUAUUUGAUGAUUUUACCAAAAUCAUUGUCUCGUUCUACUGAAUUACAGAGAUUAGAUAUAGGACAAAAUGAUUUUCAACAAUUUCCAGAAGUUAUUGGAAGAUUUGUUAAGCUAAGAGAACUAUGGAUAGAUAAUAAUAGCCUAACAUGCAUAACCUCUGUUAUUAAACCACUAGAAAAUUUAAUACAUUUAGAGGCAAGUAAUAAUAUGAUAGAAGAGCUUGCCCCUGAGAUUGGAUAUUGCACUCAACUGGUAGAUAUAACAUUAUCAUUAAAUAUCUUGACACAGCUCCCAGACAGCAUUGGACAGUUGUGUAACUUAUCCACAUUAAAAUUAGAUAACAAUAGAUUAUAUUCAAUACCAGAGAGUAUAGGACAGCUGGCAAAUCUGGAAGAAUUGAUGCUCAUGUGCAAUUAUUUAGACAAAAUACCCUCGUCAGUUGGACUUUUGAGAAAACUUAAAUACUUAAAUAUAGACGACAAUAUGUUAACAUCAAUACCUCCUGAGAUUGGGAGCUGUACAAAACUAUCUGUGCUGUCGCUAAGAUCAAACAAAUUGACUAGAGUCCCUCCAGAGGUUGGCCAUUUGACUUCCUUGCGAGUGUUAAACUUGGUAAGGAAUUCAUUAAGUUGUCUUCCUCAAUCCUUGUUGAAUUGUGAUAAUUUAGUAGCCCUCUGGCUAUCAGAAAACCAAAGCAAACCUUUAGUGCCUAUGCAUUCUGAAGUAGAUCCUCAGACCUAUGAACAAGUCCUUACUUGUUUCCUCUUCCCCCAAGUGCCUUUAACCCCUAUUGAAAUGAAAAUGGAAAAUGAAAAAUCUGAAAAUGUAGAGGGUAACUCUUCUGCUCGCCACAUAAGUUUUGUUGAUAUGAAGGCAGCUCCUAAGGUUACAGAAAAACCUGGACAGUUAAGGAGGGCACCAACCCCCUACCCUAAAGAAUUGAGGGCAUUAGCAAAGCAUGCCAGAAAUAUACACAAGGAUGGGACACAAGAUGUAACACCUCCAAUGCAAAAUGCAGUACAUAUUAAAGCUGCUAAAAUAACACCUACCCUACAGCAGAGAUUUGCAUCUGAUAACAAACUGGAAAUAGAUGCUGCUGGUAAAAGUAAUGUAGGAGGUAUAAACAAGGACCCCAUGAAAACAUCUGUUUAUGAUAACCUUCCGGCAGAAAAUGCAUAUGAUAAACCUUUGGAUCUUUCAUAUGAACAGGAUAAGAGUUACAAAAGUGUAGACCAUGCUUUGUAUCCAGAGGGAACUGGUACCACCAAUGACUUUAAAGGAGAAAGUGGGGAUAGUUAUCUUCUACCACAAAGACAAUAUAGCUCAAAGCAGACUGACAAAUACAGUUCUAGACAAGAUAUGGAUAGAGCAAAUGUACCUGUACCACAGAAUUUGUACAGAGGCCAUAAAGAACACAAAAAUUAUCAAUUACAAAAUGAUAUGAACUACCGGAGCGGCUUAGACGACUCUCAUAGUAGAUUGCAGAGAUUAAGUCUUAGCUCUCAGGACAGGCAGCCAAUUAAUGAAGCUAUUCUGACAUCACACUUCAAUGAACCUGUAUAUAGUAGUAGAACUAUGAUGGAAAAUAUUCCUCCUUUUGAUCCUAUAUAUGCCAGAAAGGAUCACAUAUGCCACUCAGUAUCAGAAAAUAACUACCAUGAAAGUAUAUAUGAAAGCGACAAUUGUGCUCGUGCCAAAGAUAAGAUUUAUGGGCAGCGAAAUUAUGACGCCUAUAAUUAUCAUUCACAUGGGAAUCGUGAUUUGCCAAGUCCUAGGUUACACACUGUUAGUCAAGUGGUUAGCUCAACAACCAUGCCAAAUUUAAGUGGUUAUAGUAAUGUUUAUCCAGGUGGACCUGUAGAAAGUCAUGAUUAUACAACAGCCUUGCACCAGGCACAGCCACCAAACGCCAAUAUUUAUGGGAUGACAGCAAGCCCAACUUACGUAUCGUCACAAUCUCCUGAGUUGUAUUCCCCUACCGGGCAUACUAACACAACCAAUCCUUAUCGCAUGGCCACCACGCCUCUCAUAUCCGACGAUGGAAGUUACAGCCAUGUGCAUUCACCAACUAGCCAAAAUAUGUACGAUUUAUAUGAUGCCAUACCAGCUUCAUCUAAUCCUCCGAGUGUGGUUAACCACCGGCAUAGUCCUAGCAUUUCAGAGCCAGUUUACGGUCGAGGUCAACCUCCGCCUUAUCACAUUGCAGCUCCGUACACAAAACACGCACAGUAUUUCAAUGGAACGGGAGGAUAGUGUUCACUUAAACACGGAAAACCGCGAGGUCUUCUGAAAAUGCACUCUUGUGAACGUUAUUAGCAUUAGUAAUCGGAAAAAUAUGGUGAUUCAAUUACUGUAUUUUAACAUUGGUUUUAUGUUUUCUGCAUCUGCAUGUGCAAUUUAAAUGUGAUAUAAUUGUGUAAAAUAAUGUUGUAGUAGAAACUAAUACUAAUUUAAGGUGCUAAGGGACGAAACAUAUUUGUUGUUGGAAAAUCUAUCAAAUGAAUAUAACUAUUUUUAAAAAGGUUGAAUUUAUUCAAUUAUAAAUUAAAUAUAAUUGUCUUUUAACUCGUUAUGGUUUUAAUAAUGUAGCACGCAUUUAGAAAGUGGUAGGUACUGAUUAAGUACGACUUGUAACAACUGUGUUGUUCCAAAAAUCUAUUGUAAUUGAUUAAGUAUUUUUUAUGGCAUUCUAUCUUUUAAGUUAAUGAAAACUAACUCGAAUUUUUAAUUAUAGUCUGAAUGAAAAGUACCAGUCUUAUAUUUUUUCUGUAAAUCGUAAUGUGGAAAUACUUUACAUCCACCAUUUUCUUAAUUGUUACGGUGCUGUGCCCUAAACUAUUAAAGGGCCUAGUUUCCAGGUAGGAUACAACAAAACGUUGUUCUUAUCUAUUUUAUAUAAAGAGAAGAAAUUGUGUUGUAAAAAUGUAUGAUACCUAUAUUAUAUUUUUGUAAUUAAUCAUGUGAUACUUGUGAAUUUAUAGUUAAAAUAACUUUUUUAUUUAUGUCGAAUAUACGAAAUACGUAUCAACCCCGCUCCAUUGUAUCCAAGACUUAUUUUAAUACACUUUGCUAUGCAGUUUUUUUAAUAUAACAAUUCGAUAUAAAAAUAUCGUUGACUGCAGUCAAACUAGGUGCCGAUCUAUCGCGCUUCACUGCCCACACCGGGGGCAACUUAUGUGGGGAGCUAUUCAUGUAACCCUACAAUCGAUUUGAUUUCAAUAAUUAUCCAAGAGUUUUCGCAGUUUCUU